AUGCUAGGAUGCCAGCGGUUACAGGCUACUACUAAUAAAUAUCUAUCUAUCUAUCUAUCUAUCUAUCUAUCUAUCUAUCUAUCUAUCUGUCAGUCUAGUGAACAAUCUAUCUUGAUUUUCAUUUCAUAUUAUCUAUAUCUAUCUAUCUAUCUAUCUAUCUAUCUAUCUGUUGUGGUCUGUUCACAUCUAUCUAUCUAUCUAUGUAUCUAUCUAUCUAUCUAUCUGUUUAUAUCUACCUGUCAUAUGUUUAUCUAUCUAUCUAUCUAUCUAUCUAUCUAUCUAUCUAUCUAUCUAUCUAUCUAUCUCAUUCUGUUCAUUAUCUAUCUAUCUAUCUAUCUAUCUAUCUAUCUAUCUAUCUAUCUAUCUAGUUGUAUCUUAAUAUCUAUCUAUUGUUUUGCUAAUAUCUAUUUGUUACUUUGUUAUCAUCUAUCUAUCUAUCUAUCUAUCUAUCUAUCUAUCUAUCUAUCUCAGUCUGUUCCUAUCUAUCUAUCUAUCUAUCUAUCUAUCUAUCUUUCUGUUCCUAUCUAUCUAUCUAUCUAUCUAUCUAUCAUUCCCUAUCUUUCUUUUUUUAUCUAUCUAUCUAUCUAUCUAUCUAUCUAUCUAUCUAUCUAUCUAGUGCAUCUAUCUAUCUAUCUAUUAUCUAUCUAUCUAUCUAAGUCUGUUCCUAUCUAUCUAUCUAUCUAUCUCAGUCUGUUCAUAUCUAUCUAUCUAUCUAUCUAUCUAUCUUCUCGGCUGCGAGCGGGUGUCGACUACUACAAUUAUUUCUACUACUACUUACUGCCCAUUACGGGUACAUAA